AUGCGAGGCAUCGACUGCAGCACCGGCUCGCCGAUCGAGUCGAGCAAGGUCAACAAGGCGAUCGGCCUCAAGACGAAGAUCAUCGACGAGGACGGCCUCUUCGACAUGCUCCGCAAGACCGCGCCGCAGCCCGAGCCGGAGCCGCAGCCGCAGCCCGCGCCGGAGCCAAAGCCGCGUCAGCCGCCCGCCGCGCCGGCGAGCGGCGGGGCGAGCGGCGCGGCGGGCGGCGCGGCGGACGCGCGCGCGCCGGCAGUGGAGCGCGCGCCGGCGCUCUGGGCGGAGAAGUACCGCCCGCAGCGCGUGGAGGACUUGGUCGGCAACAACGACCACGUCAAGCGGCUGGUGCAGUGGGCCUCGACUUGGGAGGCGAACGCGAGGGGCGGCAAGGAGUUCCGGAAGGCGGUGCUCCUGUCGGGCCCGCCCGGCGUCGGCAAGACCUCCGCGGCGCGCGUGGUGCUCGCCGCCCUUGGCUACGACGUCAUCGAGCUCAACGCCUCCGACACGCGCUCGAAGAACGCGCUGCAGCAGACGGCCGCAGACAUGCUCACAAACACGUCCAUCGCCGCCUUCGCCACGGGCGGCGGCGGCGGCGGCGGCCCGGCCGCGUCGUCAAAGCUCGCGCUCAUCAUGGACGAGGUGGACGGCAUGUCGUCGGGCGACCGCGGCGGCAUGCAGCAGCUCGUGGCGCUCAUCAAGACCUCCAAGCUGCCGGUGAUCUGCUGCUGCAACGACCGCUCGUCCCAAAAGGUCAAGUCGCUCGCCAACCACUGCCUCGACCUGCGCUUCCGCAAGCCCUCCUCCCGCGAGGUCGCGACUGCCUUCCUCAAGAUCGCGACCAGCGAGGGCUACCGCACCGACCUGCCCUCCGUCGAGAAGGUUGCCGUCGCCUGCAACGGCGACCUGCGCGGCAUGCUCAACCUGCUGCAGCUCUGGCGGCCGAGCGGCGAGACGCUCAACGGCGACGCGGUGGCCAAGGGCGCGACCAACGACAUCUCGGCGGGCGCCUUCGAGGUGUGGGACCGCUUCUUCAAGCAGGCCACCCGCGGCUCGCCCGCGUACAAGCCGCUCGACGGCCGGCUGCGCGACUACUUUGUCGACAGCUCGAUGACGCCGCUGCUCGUGCAGGAGAUGUACCCCUCCUCGCCAGGGCUCUCGGUGGGGAACGCGCCGCAGGCGCAGCUCGCCGCGCUCAACCGCAUGGCCAGCGCGGCCGAGUCCAUCGCGGAGAGCGACGUCGUCGGCAGCAGGAUCGUGCGCGAGCAGCAGUGGACGCUCUCGCCGCUGCAGGGCGUCCUCGCUUGCGCGCGGCCUGGCUUCUUCGCGGCGGGCGGCAUCACGUCGCAGGCCCGGUUCCCCGCCUUCCUCGGCCGCUUCUCGACCGCGAACAAGCGGCAGCGCUUGCUGCGCGAGUGCGCGUCGCACAUGCAGGCGCAGGCCUCCGCCUCCAAGGCGGAGGUGCGCUGCUCGUACGUGCCGGCGCUGCGGUCGGCGCUCGUCCGCCCGCUGAAGACGAGCGGCUCGGACGGGAUCGAGGCGACGCUCGCGCUGCUCGACGAGUACUCGCUCACCAAGGACGACUACGACGCGCUCGUCGAACUCCAGCUCGCGCUCGGCGACAAGAAGGAGGGGGAGGACUUGCCUUCCGCAGUCAAGUCGGCGCUCACGCGCGCCUACAACAAGUCGCACCGGACCGAGCCGCGCAAGCUGGGCAAGGCGUCCCGCGCUGCCGAGCCGAGCCGCUUCGACGAGGACGGCGCGCUGGACGACGACGCCGAGGCGGAGGACGAGGACGAGGAGGCCGAGCCUGUCGCCGCCAAGCCCAAGCAGAAGGCGGCCGCGUCGAAAGGCAAGGGCAAGGCGAAGGCGCGUUGA